AUGAUUAUUCCUGUUUUAGUUCGUAAUUUUAUUAAUAAUAAACAUUAUAAUAUUAAUUUGCUUAGUCGAAGAAUGGCUUCAAAUGACUCUUCAAAAUAUCUAAUUUCUAAUUCAAUUUAUAAACCAUUUCUUAAUCAAUUAGGAUUAGAAGAAGAAAAUUUAGGUGUUUUUGAUGGGAAAUGGUUUGCAAAUGGACAAGUAAUCGAUUCCAUAAAUCCAUCAACAAAUGAACCUAUUGCUCGUGUUCGUCAAGGUUCAAUUGAAGAUUAUCAACGAAUUGUUGAAUCAUCUUCAAAAGCUUUUCAAUAUUGGUCAAAUGUUCCAGCACCAAAACGAGGUGAUAUUGUUCGACAAAUUGGAGAUGAGUUAAGAAAAAAUAUUCAACCACUUGGAAAAUUAAUUUCAAUGGAAAUGGGCAAAAUUCUUCCUGAAGGUGUUGGUGAAGUUCAAGAAUUUAUUGAUAUCUGUGAUUAUGCUGUGGGACUUUCAAGAAUGUAUGAUGGCAAAGUUUUACCUUCCGAACGUUCUGGCCAUAUGCUAAUCGAACAAUGGAAUCCAUUAGGAAUAAUUGGUAUUAUAACAGCAUUUAAUUUUCCUUGUGCUGUUUUUGGAUGGAACCAAGCUAUUUCUCUUGCUUGUGGAAAUGUUACGCUUUGGAAAGGUGCACCAACAACUCCAUUAACAAGUAUUGCAACAACAAAAAUAGUUGAACGUGUAUUAAAACAUAAUAAUUUGCCAGAUGGUUUAUCAUCAUUAAUAUGUGGUGGAAGCGAUAUUGGUAAAUUAAUAUCCGAAGAUAAACGAAUUCCUCUCGUUUCAUUUACGGGUUCAACUCAAAUUGGAAAACAAGUUGCACAAACAGUUCAAUCACGUUUUGGAAAAUCAAUUCUUGAAUUAGGUGGAAACAAUGCUAUCAUUGUUAUGGAUGACGCUGAUCUUACACUUGCUAUUCCAGCUAUUUUUUUUGCUGCUGUUGGUACAGCUGGACAAAGAUGUACAACGGCAAGACGUCUUAUUGUUCAAGAAGGAAUCUAUGAUGAAGUAUUAAUUCGUCUUCGUCAUGCUUACGAACAAAUUGAAAAAACGUUUGCACCUAUUCUAUAUGUUUUAAAAUGCAAAACAUUUGAAGAAGCUGUUCAAUGGAAUAAUGAAGUUAAUCAAGGUUUAUCAAGUUCAAUAUUUACUAAUAAUCCAGAAUAUUUAUUUAAAUGGAUUGGUCCAAAUGGAUCUGAUUGUGGAAUCGUAAAUGUUAACAUUCCAACGAGUGGAGCUGAAAUUGGUGGAGCUUUUGGUGGAGAAAAACACAAAGGUGGUGGAAGAGAAUCAGGUUCCGAUUCAUGGAAACAAUACAUGAGAAGAUCGACAUGUACAAUCAAUUAUUCAAAAAAACUUCCACUUGCUCAAGGAAUUAAAUUUACUUAA